GUAAUAGUAAACGGCGGAUACUCACCUUGGGUGGAUCAUGUUCAUUUUCGGCCGUCGUCACGCCAGCUUGAGCGGCUUUGACCCAAUUCAACUACAUUGCGACCUCCGAGCCAAUUCCAUCACACGUUGUACAGGCACUUUGAAGAAUAUAAUAUACUUCUGGGAAACAAUACCAUUAAUUUAUAAUACAUUUAAAACCCGACAAUGGCCAGUCGCCGCCUCACCAGCCUCUGCAUUGACGCAGCUACUGUUACCAGAUUCGUUGCCCGCCCAGCGAGCUUGUCGGCAUUGUCAAGGUUUCCCCAUGCGUCCACGAGAGUAUGCCGAAAUGGUGUGUCUAUGAGCAGAGUGGCACAGCCAAAGGCUACACCUAGCCAAUGGUACAGCACCAGGUCCGAGGAGAACACUGUCCCUGGCAGCAAGAUUUGGGGCUUCAAGGAGAUGAAGGACCAGGCCGAGAACCAUGAAACAAGAACAGAUAUCGUCCUUGUUGAUGUUCGCGAGCCUGCCGAGCUGAUAGAUACUGGCAAAAUCCCUGGCGCCAUCAAUAUUCCAAUCACAUCGGCGGUUCAGAGCUUCCAUGUUUCGGACCAAGAUUUUGAGGACAUGUAUGGAUUCGAGCGACCAGGAAAGGAUAAGACACUGGUAUUCUACUGCAAAGCUGGUGUACGAGCACGAUCUGCUGCCGCCCUCGCUCAGCACGCUGGCUGGAACAAGAUUGGCGAGUACCCUGGUUCGUGGCUGGACUGGCAGGAGCAGAAUGGCCCUGUAGAGAAACUCUCUAGCUUUUCUAGCUCCAAGAAGAACGACUAAUGAUGAAGUUGUUUAGGCUGGGAUCAGACAGUCUCACACUGAGUAUCAUAUAAAGCUACAUUGUAAGAAUAGACACAGGGUGUUGUAUCUCCUUCUACAAUUGUUCAAAUUACAACAUCUUUUCCAUGUCAUGAUAUAUUUGUUCAACUCGCUCUAUGCUACUUUAAAACAUUGAUGGGGGCUUCUCAACAGGCGCGUCCUUGGGAGGAUCCGCGGGCUUGGCCGCUACAGGACUUCCAUGAGCGAAGAAGAGAAUCUUGAUCGUCAGAGAAAGAGCGGCGUGUAAAAUAAUUACAACAAUAAGCAGGAUCUUGCUGACUUGCUUGUCUGUUGCGCUGAGGACAGGGUAGAGGUUGCGCAAGAGGAAAGCGACAGACAUGCCGAAGCCAACGCCGACAAAGACCCAAUUGAGAAUAGAGAUGGGAGACCAGCUAAUCAAGGCAACUGGGAUCCAAAUAAGGUUGGAAUAGCCAUAUAGGGCCCAGCACUCAAGCAAGUUUGCCGAUUCGCUUCCAAAGUAUCGCAGGGCAAGGUAGAGGCCCAUCGGGAUGAAGAGCGUGUAGCCGUAGAUGAGGCCGGCCGCGCCGCUGAGUAAUUGGAAGUUAUACGCAAACGGCGCGGCACCGGAUUGGGCCAGCUUGUCGCUAAUUGUUCCGCCAAGGAAGAGGAUAAGGACCACGGUCGUCGCAAUCCAGAACGGGCCAUAGAGGUCGGGGUUGCCUUCUAGGACGUCAAGGAAGUUGGAGCGAGGGUACAAAGCCGCCCAGCAGCGCGACAUGACGGCUGAAGUGUCAACAUCGAAAAAUUGCGCGUAAAAGGACGUUGUCCAGAGGAAUCGUUUCUGUGUAGAAGAGGAUGACGCGGAUACGGGAGGGGGGAGGCCAGAACCACCAGGAGCGCCCUUGCGG